CUAAUGCAACUGCCAUUUUGUUUUUCAAUUGAAGAUCCACUGCAGCUAUGGUUGUUCUUGUGAAAAUGGCAUUAUUCGACGUUUAGAUAUUGCCUUAUAGUGUGUUUUUUCCUUAAAUUUAAAGACGGUCUUGUUGAAAAGUAGUGGAUGGUAGUGUAAAAGACCAACUUUCCUUGUAUAUUGUGAUUUAAUUGUUCUUGUUUACGUUAGGGUCUUCUGGCCGACGACGUUCUAUUAGAUUGGUACUGUAGCUAGCUAGCUAGUUAUCUCGGUGGCAAAAUGGCGGCGAAUACGACCCAGACAGCUCCAGCUGCUAACUGUCUACAUAUAACGAUAUCUAGGCUUUAUAUGGACCGAUUUAAUCGAAAUAAAGACCCAAAUAGUGUUUAUGGGACAUCUAGGAGUGCCAACAAAGAAGAUGGUGAAAGGUCGUAUGACGCAGCAGCAGGUCGAGAGGGCCAGACAGUCUCGGAAAACCCAGAGUGGGAGAAGGCCAGACAGGCACUGGCCUCCAUUAGCAAGACCCAGAGCGCCACCAAGACCGCUCAGGCCAACCGGACCACAGCACAGGCUGGUCAGUUUCAGCCUGUAGUAACUGAGUCAACAGCCAUACAGCAGCAGCAACAGCAGCAGUACUACCAACAGUGGUACCAACAGAACCAGCAGCAGCCGUAUCCUGGGUACACCUACCCCUACAAUUACUACUAUCCUAUGGCGCCGGGCCCCUAUGGUGGUGGUAGCGGCUAUCCUCAGGGCCAGUAUGGUGUACCUCCAGGACCUUACCCUUCUCCCACCACUCCAACUGGACAGGCAUCCCUAAUUAUCUCACACUGUCAGCCUCCAUCCCUGCCCGUGAUGGAUGACCAGUCCUCCAGCUACCCCUCUCAGCCCCAACCCCCUCCUCCUGCUGCCCCUCAACCACCCCCAGAGCCCCACCAGCUCUGAGCAGCCCCCACCCCCCUCCCCCAGCCAUCCCUCCCAACUCCCAGUACCCCUUCCUCCAGGGCAGAACUCCUACAACCCCAACAACCCCAUGCCCUAC